GUUCCAGUGUAGUCGGUUUCAGAAUGGUUUUACCGUCAAGGUUCGCAGCGACCACCGUUUCUUCUCAGAUAUGAAGCCACUGCGACAUAACGCCUCUGUCAUCAUGCUCCUCUUGACUGGGGAAUCAACAUUUUCCAUUAUUUGCUUCAUGCUACAUUAUUUCCAUGAUGCAUCUUUGUUUUUUUUCCAAAUUAUUCCAGAAGAGAUUUGUUGUGCAGCGGCUGCAGAGGACUGAGAGGGGCGGGCCUUUGAGUGAAAAAGGGAGAGAAAAGUGGAACCUCAGCCAGAAGGACCAUCGAUGGACUUGGGUUUGCUUCAAGGACAGGAGAGGGACAGGAUCCUGGAAGUGCUUCGGAGGGACAAACUGCUGCGUAAGAUAGAGGAAGACAGGAUCAGGAGAAUGAAGUUUGAGCUGCAGGAGCUGCGGAGGAGAGGCGCCAAGAGUUGUAGCAAAGAGUACGGUAAGAGGACGUGCGCUCGCUGCCAGAGGCCGCUGGGAAAGUGGUGUAACACUGGGGAAGUCUGCCGGGGAUGCAGCCACCGCAUCUGCAACAGGUGUCGCAUGAACACUGGAGCGGCGGGCUGGAAGUGCACCGUCUGCUACGCCGACAGGGAGGUGAAGAUCCGGUCUGGAGAAUGGUUUUUGGACCAGAAAACUAAGAAAUAUCCAACUGUCAAAGACAAAUACGAGACGGUUGGAGAGAAACUGUUAAAGACCUACAGCAUGCUGAGUCACAUAUCAAUCGUCCCGGCCACUCCGCCGCCCCACUCGGAUUUUCACUUUCUGAGCAGAUCUGGGGAUGAGAACGAAGGCAGCGUUUUUCCUCGAUCGGUGGAAGAUUUUAUGUUUUCAAUCAGCAGCAAUAUUAAAAAGAUUUCCAAAUCUCAAAAUGACGUUCGAGGGGACUUGCUGAACGUGGACGGCGGUAAACCUUUGCACUACAGUACGCAGAAGAGCCUGUCAGACACCAACGUCAGCACAUGUGUCAAACUGUACCAAGGCCUGAGUCUUCAAAACCUGUUCAAAAAGAGCAAAGACAGCGACCCAGAAUGUUCCUCCGCCGGGACUGAAGAGGAAAGUUCCAGAAGCUCUGACAACUCUGAUGGGAAACAGGAAAGUAUCCCUAUAGAAUGCGGUGACUUUGAAGGCAUCACUUGUAAGAAUGGAGAGUUGGAGCUCGCCAUGGCCUACAACUCCACCACUUCCUGUCUGGAGAUCACAGUGGGAGCUGGCAGAGAUCUCCCCUAUGGAGACACCAGGAAGAAGAGGUGUCACCCGUAUGUCAAACUGCAGGUGAUGCCACCAAAGGGCAACAAGCUGAAGACGUCAGUCAAGAGGAACACCACACAUCCUGUUUAUAAUCAACUCUUUAAAUAUCACAUAGAGCGCCACCUGCUGACUGGAAAGAGACUGCAGGCUUCCGUGUGGCAUUCAGGAACCCUGCACAGGAAAGUUUUUCUGGGCGAGGUCCUCAUCCCAUUGGAUGGAUGGCAACUUGAGGGCCAGGACAUCCAGCGCUUCAACUGGUACCCACUGUGUCCACGGCAAAGAGAGUGUCCAGAGGGAGGCGCUGUGGACCUAAAUGGAGGAGAACUUCUACACAGAAUUCAGUCCAGCUUCAACAGGAGGUGAGGGGAGCAGUAAGCAGCAGCGGCGGCCGCUCCUGGGAAUCACUUUUGGUGAUUUAACCCCCAAUUCCAACCCUUGAUGCUGAGUGCCAGGCAGGGAGGAAGAUCUUCUCUUGACCCGAGAUCUACAAAACGGAGAGGAAGCAGGACCUGACGCAAGCUCCAGCCAUCUUUUCUUUGAACUGUUUUAUGGCCGAGGGCAACGGCUGUUUACGACCCCCUCUCCCCUUAGAAACAGCUGUUACCAUGUAAUAAGGUAAAGUCCAAAUAAAAGUGGAGGCAUGCAACCUUUCGUCAGAGCGUGGGACGACACUGUACAAGGGUCCAGGUCUACGCGUUUCUCCUCAUGGACCUAAAUUGAAUCCUGUCUCUGUUUAAUUCCUUGCUUCUUGUUUGUUUAAUAGAUGUCAUCGGGGUUUGAACCUGACAGGAACCCUGGGGAACACCGCUAGUACAAAUAAAGUAGUUGAAUAAGUCA